GAGCAUGUUAAGACAACUUUUAGUAUGUGUUUUAAAAAAUCUUUGUCAUAAACGUUAAGGUCAUUUGAUAGGGACGUAUUUCGUAGUUGUAGCUGACAAAACACAUCUGAAAUAUAAUUUAAUUAUAGUUUAAUUGGGAUGAGAAGAAAAUCAUUGACAGAGAAUCCAGAACAACGGCCAGGAAGAUUAAAGAAACCAUCAACAGUGUAGAACGUAACAAACACAUAAACAGCAUCUCGUAUCAACUUCCUGAGAUUUGGUUACCAGCCCUACAGAAGAAGUAGUUACCUACAUCCAGGUCCGAAAAUGUUAAUUACCGUAAUUAACUGUAAUUAUCAGGUCGUUUCUGAUUGGUUAAUUUUUGUGAAUUUCGAUCCUCUGCAAUUAUAUAAAUACUUGCUCAACAUCAUUUUACUUUGCCCGAUGAUGGGAGAAGGAUCUCCCGAAACGUCGCCUACUAAACUAUCAUGUUCAAGAAAUGAUAAACUUUCCACAGUAAUAUGAAUACUGACCAGACAAACCGAAAUAAUAUCUUCAAUAACAUCUGAAAUAUAGUUGUAGUAGUGUAAUAUAACUUUACAGUAAAUAAGGAAUCUGCGGGCAUAAAUAUCAUUAAAAAAUAUAUCGGGAUAAAUAGCUGAACAAACUCUAUAUUGGUAUUAUAUUUUUAUAUGUAAUGUCAUGAAAUGAUAUUGUAAUGUGGUAAUCUAGAACACUGGUUCAAUUAUAUUGGUAAGAUUUCACAAAAAAUGUGGGUGAUACACAAAGUCACAUUAAUAAUACAGAUAAUACAAAUAAUAAAUUACUUCGCAUAACUUCAUAAAUAAAUAGAAACCUUGUCAUUUUCAUAAGCUCCGGUAGGUAACGAACAACUACAUUUUAUUUAUUUCCGCUUGGAUCAAAUACCAGAUUUACGUCAAUGUUUCUGUAGAAGUAUGUACAGAUUGCAUUCUCUUAUAACAUGAUAUAUAUGCAUACUUCUCUUUUUAUAAAAAUUAUUAAAAAUGAUGAAGUGACAUGGCUUUAUCAGGAGAAUAUACAGCUAAGCUUGCAGCAAUAUUGGAAUGCAAGAUAUGUUUGAAUACAUACUACAAUCCAAAACAAUUGAAUUGUGGACAUACGUAUUGUAAGGAUUGUUUAGAUGAAUUUCUUCAGUUUCAAGAAGAUGGAAGUGCUGAACUAUCUUGUCCAUUAAGAUGCAUCAAAAAGACAAUAAUAAAUCAAGAUGAAACGACAGCUUCUUUGAUGACUGUGUAUUCUUUGACUGACAUCUUGGAUGAAAUGCCAAAUGUUGCAGCUAAGAAAUUUAUAUGUCAGCAGUGCAAAAAAUGCAACCAAACUAUCAGCAGCUCCUGCACAAUUUGUGGAGCAACAAUCUGCGACGAUUGUCAAAAUGCACAUUUGUGUGAAAACAAAUCUUACACUACUGUCACUUUUAAUAAAAAAUUGCAAGAAAUUCAACCAUUGUGUACGACGCAUAAAUCCCUUUGCAAAGACGUCUGUGUGGAUUGUGAAAACACGUUUAUCUGUACCUAUUGUAUACACAGAAACCAUACUAACCAUGAAAGAAAAACGAUAACGCAGUUAGGUUUGGAAGCCAACGAUCGGAUUCAAACGUUUGCAACAUCUUUUGUGGACUGGAAAAUUACCUUGGAGAAUUUAACAAGAGAAUAUGAAGAAGCUAUGAUGAAUUUAGAAAGUAGGAGAGAUAUAUUUGCUUACGAAUUGAAACUGAGAAAAUUUAAACGGAUAGAAGAGUUUCUGAAAAUGUUAACAGCAGAGGAAGAAAAUUUGUUGAAAGAAUUUGACGAAAAAACAAAAAAAUUUAAAGAAAAUGUAACUUCGGCUGUGUUUGCUAAUAAGGCGAAGACAAAAGAGUUUUCAGAAUAUAUAAACAAAGUUAAAGAGAAAUCACACUUUGAGUUGGUUGCUGAGAAAUUGGAGAUUGAUCGAAAUUUUCGCAGAUUAUCGUCUUCUCUGAUCAGCAUACCACGAUUUCACUCACAUCUCAUUGCAAUGAAUGAUAAGGAUCGCGGUACAUAUCCAUUGGGCCAAUUGAAGAUUUGUGUUGAUGAAGUGAACAUGGCUGGGAUAACUUCUAAUGAUUCUUUGAUCUGCGAAAACAUAAUUGAUAAAACCGAGAGACAAUACAAUGACACACAGUUAGUAAGUGACUUACCGGCUUUGGUUGAAUAUUUGGAAGAGUACGAUAUAGCGGAUGGCAAUGCAAUUGGUAUAGCUAAAAAAAGCGAUGUACCAUUGAAAAGUGUCCCGCUAGUCACAAAGUCUUAUACAUUUGAAGAAUGUAUUAAAGUCAUUCAAACUGGCGACGACAAGAAAGUUCAAUUACUUCUCAAUAACCAUCCAGAUAUCGUUAAAAUGAGAGAUGAUAAUGGAAGUACAUUAUUGAUGAAAGCUGCAUUUUACAAUAAACCAUCAAUAGUCAAAGACUUCAUUGAUGCUGGUAGCGAUGUCAAUGCAGUGGAUGAUUUAAAUUGGAAUGCAUAUCACAUAAGUGCAUGGCGCGGUCGCAGUACUGUUUUAAAAGUUCUAAUCAAUCACGACGUAAGAAACAUUAACAAUGUACACAAUUAUAACGGUACACCAUUAUAUUUCGCAUCUCGGUUUGGUCACGUUGAAUGUGUCAAGUUACUGCUGUCGGUACCACAUAUUGACGUUAAUAUAAGAAACAAGUAUAAUAAAACUGCCUACGAUGUUGCUCGCAAUGAUACUGUUAGAAGUUUAUUGGAAGCAUACUUAAAAAAGUAACUUUGUUAUUUUGCAUCACUUAAUGACAAGUGCUAUUAAUAAUAACUAGUCGUUAAAGCCCGUGGAAAAGUCCACUUAGGCAGAAGAGUAAUGGAAAAAAUAGGUUGUUUAGGUCUUUUGCUGACGUCAGCAACAACAAAAAAUAGGCGAAAUUUGUUUAUCCGUUUCUUAUAUAUGCAAAGCCUAUAGCUUAGAGCUUUUAGCUUAUAGCUAUUAUAUUAUUAACGUUUCCUGAAAAUUUGAAAGAAAUUGAUUCGACAGAAGUUAAAAAACUGAAGAAAACACGCUUUCGUCUCUAACAAACUCUCAUAAAAACACGAUUUUUACCUCCUUUUUCCGAUAUUGUAAAACGAUGGAGAGCCGUAGUAACGCAUGUACAAUUGAAUUAUCGUAAAGGUUUAUUGUACAAAAAUUUGUUCUUUCAGUAUAUUGCAUGUGGUCUUUUUCCACAAGUUUACACAACUUUUUAAAAAACAACAGUUUGCAACACAAACAAUAGAAACGGACAACCAUACUAUUAAUUUCUGAGAAAUUUUAACAAAAAAUGUCAAAAACCCAGGUAAAUUUCCCCUAAAACGCCAACAACCUUUGUAAACAUAUAAACCACAACCCUUGUAAAAAUAUAUAACCUGGUAAUUUACAUGCUACGUUUAACAGGAUGUCAACAACAAAACAAUAAAACCUACUCCAAUUAACGCACACACUUCAAGUUUUACAAAAUCGUCAUUUUAAAGUAAAGUUUACAGGAAACGUGACAAAAGUUAUUCCUCUCACUAUCCUGAAAGUUCAAUAAGCCUUUAAAAGAUUUUGUGGCUUGUUACAUCAUAAUUCGUGCUCAAAUAAGAUCCCUAAGUUUGACUACUAAGGUAGAUGUAAAUAGCUAAAAGAGGAGAAAUAACAUUCAUCAUUGGUUAGCUAACUAUGAAGCUUGAAGAAGGAAACAUUAGCUAAGACAGAUACCCAGUUAAAUAUAGUUAAACUGGGAAGAUGCAUAUAGCCAGCUAGCUAUUUAUGCUUAGUAAAACACACAUAAAGAAAAACAAUAGCAAUAUAAAAAUUAUGACAUUUGCAGUAAGUUCAACAAACCAAAAUUUUCUGUUUCCCUAGCACAUUUGUUUCCCAGCUAACAGCUUUGUGCAGCAUUUUAAAUUUUAGGACAAAUACAAUAUUUAUGCACCAGGGGAUUCUUUAAUUAUGCAAAAAAUGUAAACAAAUCCUAGCUUUUUUAUAAAAUACGCGGCAAAAUAUAAAACUUUAAGAAUUUGAAGCUCCAAUGGAUUUUUUUGAGAAUGCGAUUCUCCUUGACAAUUUUAAGUGUGCUACAUAUAAAGCGGAAUGUCUAAGAAUAUCAUUCUUACUUCCAAUUCACUUGAAACUCUAGCAUUCAUUUUCUAUUUCUAACUUUUACUUAAACUACUUCUAGCUCAACUCUUCACUUCCGAAGUAGCUUCUUGUGGUUUCCAACUUCACUUUUCUACUUCUACUUCUUCACUUGGACUUUUCUUUCUUUUCCAUAUAUUCGUUUUUGCACUUUCUUUAAGACGAAGAGACCGUUCUUUUGUUAUUUUUUGUGUGUAGAAAGUACGUAUUUGAGCGAAUCAUAUUGCUUAUUUUCUAUCACGUGGUUUCUAACGGUUGUGAGACAAAUGUAAACAAAAACAAAAAACUCGAAAAACUUGCGCAUUCGGGUGGUAAAAAAUAUCGUCUUUGCAAAAGUGACAGACAGACACACGGAACUGGCGUAUUAUUAUGGAGACUAGUCGAUAAGGCCGUGGAAAAAUCCACUGAGGCAGGAUAGAAAUGAAAAAGAAGCGUCAUUUGAAUUUUGAUGACGUCAGCAACCUAUCCCCCAAAAGAAAUUAGAACCUUGUUUUCAUCUUGCCUCUUUUGUGUAGAGCUCAAACUGCUGAUCAAGAAAAUGUAAAUGAUCAUGUGCUUCUGACAUACUCUCUGUGGUAUUACUUUAAGGGCAAAAAUUUUUGCGGGCAAAACUUUUCGCGUUUUUGGACCCUUUUCGCGAAAAUUUCUGCCCGGUAAGAAAUUUAACCUGAAAUUCGCGAAAGUUAUUUUCGCGAAAAAUCAACUUUUUCUAAAAAUCGCGAAAGUUUCUCCAAGUUUUAAAAGCCGAAAACUCUUAAACAACGAGGGCUCCGAGGACAAGGCUAGAAAUAAUAGAAUCACAAGGAAAAAAAUAAUCAGUCCGAAAAAUGGCUCUAAAACACUAACUCUAAAAAUGGCUCCAAAGCCCGACUCAAUGUGGGGAAAUCAGCUAAAAAUCGAAAAACGGAAGGGUUUGAAUAUCUUCGUAUCAGAAAUUUCAAAUUUCAAGACAAAAAACGAAGAGAAGACAAUAAUUUGGUGAAUUUUUUGUACAUAAUAUUUGAUUGUUUUCUUAUAUCAAAAAUUACUCGAUAACAAUACAAUUUUCUUGCUGGACUCUCUUCUAUAUAUAUAGUAGUACUGUUAUUUCAUUG